UUCCUGGAGUGGAACUUGCAGCCGACAUGCGCACACGUGGUUAACAGAGAGCAGCGAAACAGGACUUAAAUAACUAGAUAACCAGAACCACAGAAACCGCGAUGAAGGGGAAAGAGAAGCAGCGGCCGGAGACGAAACUCUCAAAAGAGAAGAAGAACAUGGCGGCGAGCAGCAGCGAUGAUGAAGACUCGGACGUGGAGAGGAACUACGCUCUGCUCACUAAAAGAGGAGGAGGAGGAGGAGGAGGAGCCGAGGAGGGAGAGCCGCACCAUGGAGGAGAGGAAGACUUCAGUGAUGAGGAGGAAGAGGGGUCUGAUGGAGGUACUGAAGAGGAAGGAGGAGAGGAGGGAUCAGAGGUCGGUGAGGAAGCUUCCGAUGGUGGUGAAGAAGAGAAGGAUGAAGAGGAGGAGGAGGACGAAGACAGUGAAGCCUCUGAGGAAGACGUUGAUGAAGAUCCAGAGGAAGAAGCCGGCGGGAGCAGUGAGAUCAACACGGCAGAGGACAUUAAGAAAGAACUUUCCACCAUGUCCUUCGAGGACAUCAUGGAGCUGCAGAACAAAGUGGGAACCAAAGUUUACAACGAGGUGGCGUACGGCAGCAACAAGACUCAAGGGACCAGCAAAAAGAAACGGCUGAACAAGAACAGGCCGAUGGAGAUUUCAGCCAAGAGACGGGCUCCGUUCCUCCGUCAGGUCGUCUCCGUCAAGAAACCAACGUUGAGAGAUCCUCGCUUUGACGACCUGUCUGGAGAAUACAAACCUGAGAUUUUUGAGAAGACGUUUAAAUUCAUCAACGACAUCAAACAGAAAGAGAGAGAGAUCAUCCAGAAGAAGCUGAAGAAGACGAAGAAGAACAUCCAGAAGAAGGAGGAACUUCAGUUCCUUCUGAAGAGGAUGGAUAACCAGGAGCGAGCGAGGAAGAGCCGAGAGGAGCAGAGAGAGAGAGAGCUGCAGUUCAAGAGGGAGCAGAGAGAGCGAGCCAAUCAGGGCGCACGGCCGUUCUUCCUCAAGAACUCUGAUAAGAAGAAGCUGCAGCUGGCCGAGAAAUACCAGGAGCUUAAGAAGAGCGGCAAGCUGGAGAACUUCCUGAGCAAGAAGAGGAAGAGGAACGCUGGAAAGGACCGCAGGAAGCUGCCCAGACAGCUGCAGAACACGAACUUCCAGUGACACAAAAACACCUGAAGAAGAAGAAGAAGAAGAAGAAGAAGAAGAAGCUGGUCGGAAAUAAAAAAAAAAAAGACUGUAGCGAUCCGUCUCAGCCUGCUGGUGGCGCUGUGGUCUGUUUGUUCAUGAUGUUGGAUGAAGGACUGAGAACAUCUCUUGAGUCACAGUCACAUUUAUUUAACUGUCGAAGUUAAAUUAUCUUUUAUUGUAAAAUAUCUCCGGUGCAUUCAGUGAUGCUCGGACAUCUGAACAUUCAGAUUUUUACAGCAUCUUAAGUCUAUUCGUCAUUGAGAACAGACACUUUUUGUGGGACUUUGAACCGCAUUUCACUGUCUUUUGUGGGUGAGUGUUGUUUGCUCAGUUGUCAUGGAAAUGGCGUAACAGUAACGUGUGGAAUCUGGGUUGUUUCUGCAAACAAAUACUGAAAUUGGUAGUUAGAAAAGUCCAUGAACGCACCAUCAGUGAUAUUUUUUUCGGUCUCUGCUGUGAAUCGCAGCUUAAAUAAAAUAACCAUCUGUUGCCUGGAAAAAAGACACCGAUGGUUGUUUUCCUGCAGAUAAGUUAUGGUCUGUUUGUACAGUGAGAAAGUAGACUUUUUUUAAUCAAUUUGUUCAAUUUAUGUAUUUUUUUCCAACAGAAUUUCCAAGUUAGAUCUUCAGUUGAGUGUCAGGUAGGCAGUGGAGUCACAGCUGUACAGAUGUCAUGACAUCACUGGAAACAUCUGCUUGACCUCAGAAAUUCUGAUUCAUGUUGACUCUUUUUUUUCUUGAAAUAAAACAAUAUUUGUUGCAUUUCUUUUGCGUUUGUGCUUAAAAAAGUAACAUAAAAUCAUUAUCAUUCAUUUUAAAAGAGAUGGAAAAUAUUGACAUUUGAUUUUGACCCUAAAAGCCUGUUUGAAAAAUAUAUAAAAAUGUAACAAUGACUUUCUUAACUCAUUGAAAACAAGCUUAGCUGUG